UGUCAGUGCAAUGCGAUGGUGUUCUCGUGUUAGCCAGAGUGAAGUGAACAAGAGAUAGUGAAAAAUUUUGUUCGCAAUCGGAGUCUUUGCAAACAACAAGCUGGAAAAUAGUGCAGAAAACCCGUCGAUUCGUGCAGAAAAAAGUGAGAUUCAUUCUCUCAACCUGCUGCACCUCAACCAGUCGUCGUCCCCGGGCGGGAGAGUGUAGAAUUUUCCGCCGAACGGUAAGGUUGGUAGGUAGAGCUAAGCAAACGUCCAAGUAUCCAGUAUGCAAAAUCGACCGGCGGAAAACAAGUGCUGCUGCUGCGCUAUGGUCCUAAGUUGAAAAAGGGGGAAGAAUAAACAGUAAAUUUGUAAAACGGACGACACGGCGCGACGCGACGACGAUGAAAAAUGGCAAAAUAAUAUUGUGAAAAGAGCAGAAGCAAAAGUUCAUCCAAGUGAGUGAACGCACCCCCGCCGCGCGGAGGCGUGCAUGUGCAGUGAUUGAAAGCUUUUUGCAAGCGACCGACAGCAGAAGCCGAAGAAAGAAAGAGAAGCAGUAGCAGCAGGAAAAAAGAAGUGUACCAAGUCAAAGUGUUGUUGUCGUUAUUGUUGUUGGUUGCAUUAGUGGAAAAACCGAAGAAAAUCCUUUUCAAAGACGACACCCCAGAACAACAACAGAAAAGAAAAAAAAAACCCUCUAUACAUCAGUAGCGCACUGCGCUGCAUGGUGUAUGGUCCACCGUCAGUGAGAGGGGUGCGCGUUUUUGCGCUGUGGCCAACUUUCUCCUGUUGGCACACAGGGACGGCCAGGAUAGCAGUAAAUUCGCCGGCACAGGAAGCAGCAGCAGCAACACCAAAAACAACAACGUCAUCGGAGGCAGUAAGGCGCAACAGGAAGGCGCAAGCAACGAAACGGUGUGUGGGUGGUGGGAGAAGCAAAAUAGCGAGAGCCUGCUGGCAGCCACCGAAAGCCAGUCAACCGUAUUUGUACAACAGUGAAGGCAGCAGCAGCAGCUUUUAUCAAAAACUACACAAGCAGAGACAUCACCGCACACAGCAGUCGUUGGCUUGAGCGCACAUCAACAAACAUAAACACACACACACAUUCAUAGUAACGCGCGCACGGGGCAACAUUUUCCAAAAGGGAUUAUCGCAUAGUGGAUUGAGGAGAAGGAAAAACAGAAGCUAUCGCAACAACUUCAAAAACCCUCUGUGCCAGUGACCGACCGAUUCGCCGGUUGACCGAAUAAUCUAGUUGGACUGAAAAAUUUGAGCCGGAUUAGAUCCGCUUGAAAAAUCCGUUCUCGCCGUUCAGCGACGGAUAAUGAAACAGAUCAAUGUGGCCGUCGUCGGACUUUCCGGUGUUGAAAAAGACAAGGGCCAACUGGGCGUGGGAAAGUCCUGCCUGUGCAAUCGCUUCGUCCGGCCAAAGACCGAUGACUACGCGAUCGAUCACAUCUCGGUGCUGAGUCAGUCCGACUUUAGCGGCCGAGUCGUCAACAACGAUCAUUUCCUGUACUGGGGUGAGGUUCGAAAAACGUCGGAAGAAGGAGUGGAGUACAACUUUAGUAUAGUGGAACAGACCGAGUUCGUAGAUGAUGCCACAUUUCAGCCGUUCAAGGUGGGCAAAAUGGAACCGUACAGCAAACGGUGCUCGGCGAUCCGACUGAGUUCCCAGGAGAAACUGAAGUACAUUUGCAAAAAUCAGCUUGGAAUCGAACAUGAGUACGAGGAGAUUGUCCUUCCGGAGGGUCGAUUUCUGGUGGAUGGAUUCGUGUGUGUGUUCGACGUCAGUGUCGUGCCGAGCCGAACGGUGGAGAAGCAGAUCGAAUGUACCAAUCAGAUCAUCAACAACAUCCUGAAGAACAAGAAACCGGUCGUGCUGGUGACUACCAAAAACGAUGACGCCAACGAGUUGUACAUCCGAGAGGUGGAGAAAUUUUGCAGUCGAAAGGAAUACAAGGGUCAGAUUGUGCUGGUGGAAUCUUCGGCCCACGAGAGCAUAAACGUCGAUCUGGGGUUCAUUAUUCUCGCUCAGAUAAUUGACAAAGCGAAACAACGCUCUAAAAUUGUGUCAUACUCGGAGGCAGCCAAACAGCGCACGGAUCUGUUGAAUACCAGCUCCGAGUACGUAACCCGUCUGAUACGAACGCAAAUCACCGACCACCGAUCGAUUUGGACCAGUUCGUCGAAAAAGCUUGCCAGCCAUCGGGAAUGGAACGAUUUUCUCGAACUGUUCGGGCAGGAAGCCGGCCAGAGGAUAUUUCGUCGGCACAUCAAAAAACUACGCGAAGAUUACCAAGCGAAGAAACUGCAGAGCUACAUGGAUUCGUUCGCCUGUGUGCUGCAGGAAAUUCUACCGGACAUGAACAGUAUUAACCUGGAACUGGACACGUUCAACGAUUGGCAGUCGAUACGGAACUACUUUCGGAAUCACGUCGAGUACGAGCAGUACUUUUUCGAUGCCGUCGAACGGGGCGGUAGCUGGGCGGAACUGAGCGACAUGAGUGACAUGGAGGACGAGAAUCGAAUACCGUUCGAUAUUCUGGACACGGCCGAGGCGGAAACGGUCUUCAAGAACCACAUGAACGCACUGCAGCAGGAACAGAAGCGGCUAGAAUGGAAAAAGCAAUUCAAGAAGCUACUGGAGGAAACCGGUUACGUGACUCCGGGGAAGCAGCUCGCCGAAGUGCGUGUUCUGUUUAUGGGACGCGAAUGUUUCGAGGCCCUGUCGGAGCAUGAUUGCCAGCAAAUCUACGACAACCACCAGCGGGAAUUGAUCGAAACGGCCAAGCAUAACUUCCAGGAGCUGCUGAUGGAACAUGCCGAUCUGUUCUAUCACUUCAAGAACAUCGAACCGUCCGGGACGAUCACGCAGAACGAUGUGAAAGAGAUUACGGACGUACUGCAGGAGGACCUGCGGUAUAAGCUGUUGGAUCGAUUGGAUCAGGACAGGAAAUUGAUGCUGUUUCAACAUUUGGGCUUUGUCCAUUGUCCCAUCCGGGAGCAUUGCCCGGCAUUUCCGAACUGUAUGGAUGCUCUGAUUGAACGAAUUCUGGUGGCUAAUCAAAACCUACCGAACCCUCGCUUCGCUCAAAAAGAUGGCCAACUGCAGCUGAAUCUGAUCGUCAUCGGGCUGGACUACAUUGCAAACGAUUUCAUUGACAAGGUGCACCAGCAUUGCAACGACAACGGCGAGUACAUCGUAGAUGGUCAGGUCUACGGGUUGAACAUCGAAACCAUCAACCGAGAGAACGAUUCAUUUUCGUUCGAUCUGGCAUCCAAGGGACUGAUCUGUUGCUAUUCGAACAGACAAACGUUUACCUACAUCUACGAGGUGCUGGAUCGGCUGCUGAUCGACAACAUCGACUUCAAAGAUAGUGUAAAUAAUUUACACAUUGUCUUUAUGAGUGACGAGAAAAACAGCGAAAGUACUCUACAGCAGCUGCAAAGCGAUGGGCAAUCGCUGGCGGAACGGUUGCAUUGCGUAUUCAUCGACGAGAAUGAGUUCUACGCUUCCGGGCAGGAGACACGAUUCGUGGAUACGACUUUGAACAGUGUCAUCGAUUCGAUUCCAUUUGAGGAACUGAAAUACGGUAUGAACAUGGUCGAUAUCCCGGAUCUCCGAAUUAUUAUGUGUAUUUUCUGCGGAGAUCCAUUCUCGAUUGAAAACCUGCUAAGCUCGAUGAUGAUCGAACAGUCGUGCAUCAAUGCGGGCGAAAGAAACAUCAUUUUCGAAAUGUUCCUGGGGGACUCCAAGCGUCGGGUGGAGUUGAUUUUAUCGUCCUACCACGGUGCGAAUGCGUUCCGGGAUGAUCUCAUCCAUGGAUUCAUUCUGCUGUACUGCAGCAAACGGAAAGCGUCCCUUUCCACGCUGAGCGCCUUUUCGCUAAACAUUCCAAAUUUGCCCAUGCAAAUCGUGUCCGUCUCGGAGCAGGGCGGUGUCAAUGCAUUCUUCAACAACGAAACAUCGCAAAUGUUGAUCACGGAAGGCAACGCCAUAGCGGACAAAUUGCGAGCCCAUUUCGCUACCGCUUCCGAUGAAGACAACCAGUUUAAGUUUGCUUCGUUUGCUCCCUUUUUGAAGGAAGUAUGGGACAAAAAACCGGAAAUCGAACAAGCCUUCAACAUGGAAGAACCGCUUACGAUCGAUUCCGGCGAGGGAACCAUGGAACAUUCGAUGCAUCAUCAUCACCAGCAAGCACCGCAACCGCCGCCACGAUACGAAAGCUAUCUGAUUAACGGUUCCUCCACGACGUACCGCAGUCAGCAUCAGCAUCCGCACCAGCAGAAGAUGCUGUUCGACAACCGAUCCAUCAACUCGCUGGAUGAUUUGGAUAAUCUUAAGCAGCACCAGCAACAGUAUUCCAACAUGUACUAUUACGAGGACAGUAGUGAUUUCGAUAAGGGCGGAAGCAAUCAGGGCUUCCAGAUAUAUCCACCGCCGACAACACCACCGGAACCGGCCCCGCCCGAUCAUCUGCUUACACCGUCUUCGAUCCUACGGCAGUUGAAAGCCAAUACCGUUUCCCAGUCGCAAAGUAGCUUGGAAGAGAUUAACUCCGAUGUCAGUGGAUCCAAGGACUCGAUCAACACAUACGACUCAGGUUGGCUUGACGAUGGGUUCCUCAUUCCGAAGCAGGACAACAAACAGAACGAAGACAUGUGGAAGCAGGUGAAUGCCCACCAUGCCUUUACGACCGGUCGAAGGCCAAAUCAGACAUCGUUCGCGAAGAAAAUUCGUCCGAAAGGGCCCAGCCAAACGUUGAAACAGCCGGGGAAGCUAAAUCUGAAAAGUUUCGCCAUCGUAAACGAAGCGAUUGCCCGGAUGAAUCUUGGCCAGUCGGAUCAGGCACAGCUGGGUAUGGGCGGUGGUGGUCAAGCGGCCCCGCCGAUGACGGAAAAGGAGAAGAAGAAAGCCAAGAAACUACUGCAGCAGCAGUUGGAAAAUGCUCCGCUGGCGGCACCGGAGGAUGAUAGCGAAGAUUACGAGGAUGAGGCUGGGUAUGAGCAGAUUAACGAUGCAUUCAGUGAUGCGGUCAACAACGUAGCGAGUCAAUUAUUUACCACCUUUUCCGGCGGGCAGCGGGUAAUAGUCGGAGCAGAUGCCAACCAGCAAGCCAUCGAUUUGGCUGGGAAGAAUAAGCUACGGCAGCGGAGGGAGAAGGAGCAAAUCUUUAACAUUCCAGAGUAUUCGGAUUCGGAGAGUGAUUCUAGUUCGCUAGAACGCAAGCGCUCGACGGACGGUUACUCCAAAAUCAACCGUAAACCUCAAACCCACAAGCGACAUCGUAAGAAACGUAUCGCCAUUCCGGUGCAACCUCCGAAAAUUCCCCUCGGUCCGUUCGGUGGCGGCGGCGGCGGAGGCGGUUUAGGAUCGGGCGGAACCGGAGAUGCCGGAGGCGGUUCACCGAUGAUGGUUGGCCUAACCGGAGGAGGUCAGCUGGGAUCCGCUUUGGGAAUGCCAAUGAUGUAUCAGAAACUCAAGAACGAAAAGAACAUCGGAAUGGACAAACAAGAGGACGAAUCUAGUAUCGAUGUUUCCUCGCCGAGAGAUAAUAAUUCACCGAUUUUUGGCGUACUCCCCAAAAUGGGUGACCGGGAAAAGCUGAUCACCAAACAGAAAAAUUGGUUCGGCAAAGAAAUCGAUAGUAGUAAGAGCAGUUCGAAGGAUUCGAAGGAUUCGGAUACCAGUUCGAAGAAGACGGCAGGGCGCUCGGGCAAACUAACGAGCGGAAAGAAUGCCAAAAAUGCACCUCCGAUUCCACAGCAACCAUCGCUGGCCAGCUUUAAACAGUCGGAUAAAAAUCUGGUUCCACUGUUCGUGGAGAAGUGCGUUAAAUUUAUCGAACUGGAAGGUCUGGAUUCGGAGGGAAUUUAUCGAGUUCCCGGUAACAGAACCCACGUUGAUCUGCUGUACCAAAAGUUCGAUGAAGAAGUCGACGUAGACAUCGAAAAGCUGGACAUUCCGGUGAAUGCUGUGGCGACAGCUCUGAAGGAUUUCUUCUCCAAACGGCUGCCACCGUUGUUCAGCAGCGAUAUGAUGGCAGAGCUGGAAGAUAUUGCCGGUUCACGGCCACCGCAGGCCAUCAGCAGUCAUAAUAUCGAUGUUGUGAAAACUGACCGCAGCUGUAGACUGAUUGCACUGCGGUCACUUCUUGGGAGGCUACCAACGAGUAACUUUGCUAUUCUUAGCUUUAUAUUUCAACAUUUUGUAAGGGUCUCGGAAAACUCCAAACUAAACAGCAUGGACAGCAAGAAUCUGGCCAUCUGCUGGUGGCCCACGCUGUUACCGAUCGAAUUCACCGACAUGAUGCGGUUCGAAACGAUGCGUCCCUACCUGGAGGACAUCGUGCAGACGAUGAUCGACCAGUAUCCGUUUCUGUUCCGCGGCGAGGAAGCGUUCGUGAUGGUCUGAUGCAAUGAGUAGUCACAGCAACGACCACCGGUAGUAGCCGCCGCCACCGUGCGCGAGUGAGUUGUUGAUUGCAUUUUAGUUUGAUUCCCGGCAGCGGUUUGAGGGCUUUUCUUUUUCUUCUGGCUUUUAGCUAACGAUACGAAAAAAAAACCGAAAACCGUAGUGGUGGCAUGCGUCGUGAAAGGGAGAAAUAUUUUCCACCCGAAAAGAUAACUUUCGUACCUUCUUCUUUUUUUUAGCUAGGCGUUUUAGGCAAAAAAAAGAAAAGCAAAUUGUUGUAAUGUUUUUUUUACGUUUACUUUGCAAUCGAAACAUGGCUUCGUCUUCGAUAUAUCAGAUAAAGGUGUUUGUGCGCUAAAUUAAUAGGAAGAUGUUUUAAAUAUUGUUCUCGUCCUGCUAGCAUUUUUGAGGAAGAUGAAAGAAAGUAAGAAAGCAAAAAAAAAUCAUACAAUUCGAUCCAAAUGAAGUAGAGCGCCUCCGUGUAAAUGUAUAUUUAUUGCUUUAGAUAUUCAUCUGCGGUCUCCUCGAUUGGAGACAGUUUUUAUUUUGUGUUUGAUCUUUUUUGUCUUAAUGCUUGGGUAUCGUGAUGACGGCAAGAUUUAGAGAGAAAAAUAUUAUUGCUACUUAAUCCCGAGUCAAAGAAACGAGUUAAAAAAAGAAGGAAAAAAAACAAGAAGAACUAAAACAACCAACACAUUCUAUUAUAGAUUCAGAGAUAUUUUUAACUGGUUUUUCAGUGUAUUUGAGCAAAGCAUGGAUAACAUAUUUGUAUAUUUACCUGUGUACAUUUUAAGGCUAAAAACAUAAACAACAAUGCUCUAAUUAGUGGAACAAGUAAGUAAAAAUGAAUCGUGUGUAAGGUUACUUGUUAAGCUAUUAUUAUAAUAACAAUUUAUGAUAUAAAAAAAAGCGGAAGCUUGUAACAAAUAUGUGGUGAUAAAGUGGAAUACUUUCUGGUAGGCUUUAGUUAUCGUACUUUGUGUACUUUUAAAAAAUAACAGAGAAUCGAAACGAAACUCAUACUCUUAGAACUAGGGAUUUGUAGGAAUUAUUAGGAACUGUCUCGGCAUCAUUGCAAGGUGGACAAAGAGAGAAAAAAAAACACACACACACGGGACAACUUGAAACGAGACUCUAUUUACGGAAGCAGCGAUGUUUUUUACAAGCCGAUCCGACGACGUGGCUAUAUUUUAAUCUCUAUUGGUUUUUACUUUAGCUUUUUUGGAUUACGGUAAGACAGUUCUCCGAUGGAUUGACUUUGACUUUGGUUUCGUGGCAUGCUCUUAGUUUGGUGGAUUUGAAGAAAAAAACAAUUUUAAUGGUACUCUUUUCAUCUCUUGAACAUAACAGAGGAAGAAUCCCCAUUGUACUGUUACUCAAGUAUCCUCCUCUAUUAAAGAACUUGUACAUAUACACUGUGUACGGUUCCUCCUCGUCUUCAUAUUUUGGCUAUUGCUUAUGAAUGGCGAUUUUUUAAGCGUUUGGUUUCUAGUUUUCAUAUGAAUAAACACUGAAAAUUGGUUAAUAGUGUAAACCCUUCAUUGGAGAUUCAGAUUUGAGUCAUUCCUUGCCAUCAACUUUUUGAAUAUUAUUUCAUGCUAGUAUUGGCCACGACUACUUUUUCGGUGAUCCGUACGAGACGUUCAAUUUUUGAGUAACUUUUUUGAGCAUAUCGGCCGAUAUCUCACCAGUAAUAUGUGUGACGUACACUCACGAAAAUAGUCGUAUAGUGUCAAAUUUGCGCAUCAAAUUCAUUUCGCUAAUUGGCCCAUCAUUUCGCGUGCUGUGUGGCAUGUGGCACCGUCUUGCCGAAACCACACGUCAACCAGAUUAGGCUCGUUUAUGUUGGGCAAUAAAAAGCCGGAAAUCAUCGCAAUGUAACGAACCGCAUUGACUGUAACUCUUUCUUGAACGUCAUCUUUGAAGAAGUGCACUUUUUGAGAUACAUUGGCAGUACUUGUAUUACCUAGAAAAACUCUCUAUUAUUUGUAAGAGACAGUGAUCAUAGGUUCAAAUAGAUUCGUGACGAUUUAGUAAAGAAGUACUUUUAUUUUCUCUUAUUCUGAAGCGCCUGUAUUAUCGUGGUUGCCGAACUUGUACUGACUAAUUCGUUAUUUUUCUCUCGGUGUCUAUCGUUUUACUCUCUCUCUCUCUCUCGUAAGGAUGACAAUAGGGUGGCUCGUAAGUAGCGCCACAGAUUUUUUAUAAUUGUUCAUUGAUGAUAGAGAAAUAAUGGAAACGAAAGUUUUAGUUUUUUUUAAAUUAGGUGUAUUUAAAAAAUAUAUAUACGAAUUCGUCCCCAUCUAUCAAUAUUCGUGAUGGAAGGCUUUCUGUUUCUCUCGUGCAUUUUUUUCACGAAUAAAUUUUAUUCAAGCUAAUUGCCGUAUGUUCGAGCUCCGACCUGAAAAGAUUCUUAUGUCGUUUUCACUUCAAGUCAAAACGAAUCCAGUUCCAACCCUAGCGGCUGUGAAAUCCAUCCAUUGGACAGCAGUAAGAACUCCCAGGAUAGGCAGUUUCUUCCGCGAAAACGUGAUGAUUGAUGAUUCGAUUGAUUUCGCACCAUUCUGAGAAGUUUUAUAGUUUUCGUUGGCGAAAAACAGUGUUCUCGCUGUUGCAGAUUUCAUAAUACGUUUUGAGAUCAGACAAAAAUUGAUGUCGUUGAAGUAAAGCAGAAAGUUCAAGGGACACAGGUGCUUUCUUUGUGAAAUUCAAGGUGAACUCUCCGGAGGGGUAAUCGGCUAACUUAACGAGGCGAAGAUCGUAGAAAUUUGAUUUUAUGCAACAUAAAAUAUUGUCUAAUUUAACUUUCAAAAUGUCGUGGUAUAAUAGCCGGAGUCAAAAAAGAACCAUUUUCGUUCAGCGAAGAUUGAGGGGCACUUUGUUCGAAGCUCAUCUUUUCAUUAAAUGCGCCUUGCUUUACAUUGGUUACAGUUGAGUUGACGAUGAAAACCGUUUUCCGAUCAGAUGUACUGCCGGUAAUGCACGGUUAUCUAGAAUGCUUAAUUUUAAAAGAAACCAUUUGCGCAGUUUCUGUGCGAGUGAAUAGGAUUUAGAUAAAAUAGUUGAUUCAUUGCAUUGACAUAUUCUAAACAGUUGUUAUAAAAUCAUUCUAAAUCACCAAAUAAAGGUCAACAGAUUUCACGCGCGUCUAGAUCCUUUAUUAUUUCCACUUUAUUAUUUCAAUUAUUUAUUAAAAUUAUUAAUUGAUUAUAUUGGUUGAUCUGGGCAGCCGGCUACCGAGAAAAAUAUUAAUUUACUGUUUGAAAUAUUAAUAUCAAGUGUUUUUUUACUAUGUAUUCAAUAUACCGAUAUAUGUUAUCUAUGUUAUUAACUUUGUAAUAUCAACGGAGUUGGCAAAAGUUGAUUUAUAUCAUUCAGUUUAUAAUCCUGAAAGACAAUCAAUAACAUGGAAGAAGAAAACAUUCCAAAUAAAACUUUUCUUCGAAGCUAGACGGAAAUUGAUAGGUUGAAUGAAGGGAUAAUUUAGUAAAAUAGAGUAAUCAGAAGUGAAACAUUGAAACUGAUAACUGGCUGAUUUUGCAUAAUGCUCCCCAUCGUUGUCCACUUUCCAUGGUAUUUUGCUCCAAUGCAAACGACCAGCAGCUGGAUGACGUAAUCGAUUUUCUUUGAAGGGAAACUGAUGUCGUUUUCGCUUGAUGCCAAACCUAACCCAGUUUUCACACUAACUGCUGUCAAACUGUUUGUUUGAAGCUAGUUUCGAACCUCGUUUCAACGUUGUUGAAAUGAAAAUCGAGUCAGUUUCGAACCUGAAUUUUGUAUCAGGUUUGCUCAAAUCCCCAUUGCUAAGUGCGAAAUCAACACAGUUUCGUGAAAAGUGUUUGUUUGAUGAAACUACCCUGGGUCAGUUUAAGUUUUCUCAAGCGAAAACGACAUGAGUCUACGAACGUCGGGCAAUUAAUACAACACUGAACUGAAGCUCUGAACUUGAACUGAGCUCUGGACUUGAACCAACCGGAAUGAUGCACUUGCUUUACUUCCUGCUCAGUCAACUGCGUAAGUUAGAAUGAACAGAAUGUCUCAAGAGUUAAUCUUUUGUACCUAACCAGAUACGAAAAAGGCGUCUUCUUUGAUACUCGUUGUUACCAAACAUUUCAGGAAACUUUAAUUUGGAAUUAUUUGUGAUGAUGUCAUACAACUGCAAAUGUUAUUAUAAAUUGAUCAUAUUUCCGAUGGUAUGUAGCAAAAAUUUGAUUGAUACGUUAGAUACAACAAGUGAUAUUCACAGUCAAAAACUGAUCACUCUCUCAGAGGGUAAGUUUUGAAACUGCACCUCAUAGUAAAGAAGAAAUGUGCUCUCAAACAGACACUUUCCAUUCUCGUCGAGAUGAGUGGAAUGAAUUCAAACACACACAGUCUCCGGCCAACAGUUUUUUAUGUUCUGAAAUUUUAUAUUCUUUCUGUACUGUUUGACAAACCAAAAAAUAGGUGUUUAUUUUUCCAAUGUAAACUUGUUUCUAACUUGUUACGGUUGCUAGGGUUAGUCAUGGUAACUGCAAGGUUUGGCUCAAUAAAUAGGAAAUGUCAUUUGCUAUAUUAGUAACCAGCAUAUACAGAGAAAGGCCAAACGAUCUGUGAAAAGGAGUCAGUGCUGCCAGAAAUAUGUAUUUUUUUGUUGCAGGAUGGUUCUUUCGGAUAAAAUAAACUCAGUUAACCGAGCAUGUCAUGAAACUAGUUGGUCAACGUGUAGUAGACGUCAUACCGUUUUCAGACUUCAUAAGACUAUUCAAACCACUCCAGACUCCAGAAAAAAAACCAACGAAAAGUGCCAUCUUGGUAGAAUGUUUUCUAUCAGCCAAAACUAACAAUUAGUCUCUAACCAUUCACAGAACCAUCGACGUCGACGACCGGCAACACAUCUAAAAUCUUUUAUAUUAAAUCAAACAAUGACAAUGAUUUCACUUUUAAGAUAAUCGAACCACGAACGAAUCUCCUUCCUCUUUUACGCUAAACAGAUAAACAGAAUCGCGUACCGGCUUAGAUAGCGGUUAUAUUAUUUUUCAAGCAUUUACUUACAAAGCAUACAAAAAAUAUUACAAAAAUAAAUAGACGCUAAAAGUGAGACAGUGUGUAAAAGAUGCGCUUUUUAAGUAUUGUUUAUUUUGUUGGAUUUUAUUUUAUUUUAAAUACUUUUAUCAAAUUAGCAUUUAUAUUCCGAUUGCUUCUGUGUGGAAAGCAAUGGUAGCGAGUAAUUGGUUGGAUUAGGAAAGAAGAAAAUCCCCGUUGCUCUUAGAUAGAAAUAUAGUUUAAACAAACAAAAAAAAAAAUUAAAUUAAACGACGAACAAGACCAACAUAUGAACACGGCAAACGACUAGUUGUAGAAUUAACUAGUUAUUGGAACCGACCGACUUGGCUGGCGAAUGACCUAAAAAGCUCCAGUGAAUAAAGACAUCGAGGCAGGGUCGUCGAACGAUUCAAUUACAUGAAACCAAACAGAAUGAAUUCAUAAAACCACGUAUUAAGUUGUAAUCUAAAUAAACAGCAGCAGCAGCAGCAGCAAGCAGAGUUGUGUUAAAUGUGUAGAUGUGUACAAAACAAUUAGUCGAAUAUUGUCGCAUUGAGACGCAGCAUCACGAUACAAAGCGUGGCUAGAUUUUGUUGUUCUAUCAGUCAAUGUGAUACCUGUAGAAAAAAAAAGCCGCGGACGCCAAUAUGUGGCUGGAGGAAAAUGGAACGGAACGGAACAGAAAUUGAGUUGGAAUUUGAACUGAUCAGAGAAUGAGAGGACUGAGCUACGUUUUAAAAAAAACGUUAGUAGUAACAGAUUGAGGAGCGGAUUUGGUUGCGGUGGAAUGGUUUGAGAUGAAUCGCGUAAAAUAUGCGUAAAAUUGGAUUGGAAGGUCCUUACGUCCGUAUUACCGCUACCAGAUCCUGAUGCUAGAAAAAAAAAACAGAAAUAAUAUCUAAGCACGAAUCCCACAGUAGCAAACCGCACAUGCUAUUUAAAAUGUUGUACAAAAAAAAACAAAAACAAAAUAGACAGAAAUCUACAAAACGAAGGUAGUGAGAUGUGCCGUAAAAAUUAGCUAACCCACUGUUCGUUCUACGGUGAACGGUGGAAGUGAACGCAACCACUGGUAUUUUAGUAGCUUUUUGACAAGUUGGAGAUCGAAAAAAAACUGAUAAACAAAAGUAGGAGUAUCGUGAUGCCGUAAUCAAAGACUAGGAAGUUGAAAAUUAAUACGCACACACCGGAAAUUAUUUUGUUCUCGAGAUAUCUAAAACCGUUAAAAAGGCGGAUAAUAAUCCAAACAGUAAACCCAAUUGUAACGUAACCCAUCUGACUAAAAAACAAACAAAAAAACUAGAACACACGUAACUUUCCACGACAGACCUCAGCGUAAACGUGAAAAGGUGAGUCCGUUUCCUUUCCGGGAAGGAAUGAAGCACUACUCAUCAAUCAUUUAAAAAAAAUCCUAGACUAGGUUGGAAUAAACGGCAAACAAAACAACAAAAAAAGAUAAACUGCACACCCCUCUGUUCACCCUAGCAUUAGAGAUAGGUGUUAUUAUCAUUGCCAUCCCUGCAAGAAUUUCCAAGAACCUCAACGAAAUGAACGAGCAAACGACGAAUAGAGAAAAAAAACUAGCGAUCGCCAUUUGAUCGAAUGUGACUGAAACAAGUCAAAGGCCAUUUGUCCUAGUAGCGAUAAUGGGAAGCGAAUAAAAUACUAUUCCAACUUUGAACUGAUUUGUCUCUCAAAGUUAAAGUAAGAGCCCAUUAAUAGUUAUAGGAAAAGAAAUACAACAACAAAUGACAUGCACUAUCGAUAAAAAGAAAAGAUAAACCAAACAAGUUGUAAAUUCGUGUCUUGAAGCAACCAAAAUGUCGGUUUAAAUCUAAUAAAUACAAAUACAAAUAAACGCCAAACUCCCCGUUUAAAAACAAAAAUCGUUUCCUCUUCCUUCUCUAGAUUUUUUGCGAACAUUCUGCUAGUUGCUCUGAAUAGGAAAGAAAAAAUAAAUCAAAAAGCGAAUGUAUAAAGCCAUUCUUUAGCAAGAAGCUCCCUUUGUCCUUCGUGUUUUUUGUGGUCAGCCUUUGCGGUGAACCUAUGUCCUUAAUUUUUCCCCUUCCAUCGUGCACAAAUGGUAAGAAGAAAAAAAACAUGCAAAAAAAAACUAAGACAAAAAAAUAAUUAAAUGUUGUUACACUCUGUAUCUUAGAAAUUAACGAUGGAACACUUAAACAAGAAUUAAAAAAAAAGACAAAAUUAAGAAAUGGAUGUAACAAAAUUUGCAUUGUCCCGCGUUACGAGGAUUUUUCAUAACAGCGCCCCGCAAGCAGGCAGGUCAAAUAAAACAACCAACCAAAACUCGAUGAAAAAAGUGAAACUCAAUUACUAGGCCACGUAGAAUAUUGACAAGAACAAAAGAAAAAAUAAUAGAUAGAAAUGAAAGAGACAGACACUGCUACAUCUACAGAACAAACAAACAAAAAAUCCUAUUCGAACUCACGCGCGCAAAAAGCAAAUGUUAUUGUUUAGACCGGCCGAACAAACCAGCACAGUUACACACACACACACACUCACAAACAAAUACACACUUUCCAAAAAAAAACUCACGCAUACUCGUACGAACGUCUGCUCGGUCUAGCUCGAUGUUCCGCAAUACGAGUGACAAACACCGGAAACUGAUUCACUGAUAAACGCAACCAUAUACCACAUUACCAGAGCAGAACGGAAAUCCGGAUUAUUCUUCACUCGCUAGCUUUUUGUAAGAAUUUUUAACAAAAUGGAAAAGUCGUAAAAAUACAACAACAAAAAAAAACUAGUAUUGAAUGUGUCAAAGCAAAAAGAAAACUGGUGGAAAAUUGUUUAAAUAUAUGAAUAAAAAAUA